AUGAAACGCUCUCAUAACCAAGCGUACAUUCAGUUGUCGUUCCCUGGCCAGUGUUCUGAUGUUAUACCUGUACCGCCGUAUUCAGACCCGAUCACACUUCAGAUCCAAACUGCCUCCAUGAAGUCAUCGGCUUUAUCAAGACGUCUUCGCAAAGGCAAUCCACUUGAGGCCCUCGAUACCGAUGAGGUGCUCCUCAGUGGCUUUUGGGUCUGUCACUAA